UCCUUCAGACCGGGGUACUUCGGCCGUGCGCUACGAUGCCGCGCGAUAUUAUUACAUUGCAACUAGGACAAUGUGGAAAUCAAAUCGGAAUGGAGUUUUGGAAGCAGCUGUGUGCUGAACAUGGAAUCAGUCCUGAAGGUACACUUGAAGAAUUCGCAACAAGUGACGCUGAUCGCAAAGAUGUCUUUUUCUACCAAGCAGAUGAUGCUCAUUAUAUUCCUCGUGCUGUGUUAUUGGACUUGGAACCACGUGUAAUCAAUACUAUAUUAUCUUCACCUUAUGCUCGACUUUACAAUCCAGAAAAUGUAUAUUUAUCUAAACAUGGAGGUGGUGCCGGUAAUAAUUGGGCAGCUGGAUAUACACAAGGUGAAAAACUGGAGGAAGAAGUGUUUGAUAUUAUUGAUCGUGAAGCCGAAGGGAGUGAUAGCUUAGAGGGCUUCGUAAUGACUCAUUCUAUCGCUGGAGGAACAGGGUCUGGGAUGGGUUCAUUUAUUCUUGAACGUCUUAAUUCACACUUCCCAAAAAAACUUAUUCAAACGUAUUCAGUAUUCCCAAAUUUAGAAGAAACUAGUGAUGUUGUUGUUCAACCUUAUAACAGUUUGUUAACACUAAAACGUCUCACUUUGAAUGCUGAUUGUGUGGUUGUUCUAGAUAAUACCGCUCUGCAUCGUAUAGCUACUGAUCGUUUACAUAUUGAGAAUCCAUCAUUUGCGCAAAUCAAUCAGCUGGUCUCCAAAGUGAUGUCUGCAAGUACAGCUACACUUCGUUAUCCAAGCUAUAUGAAUAAUGAUUUAAUUGGUUUAAUAGCUCCACUAACUCCAACUCCACGAUUGCAUUUCUUAAUGACUGGUUAUACCCCAUUAACAACAGAUACUGAAGUUCCAACUAUUCGACGGACAACUGUAUUCGAUGUCAUGAGACGUUUAUUACAGCCAAAAAAUAUGAUGGUCUCCACCCCAACACAGCGCGGUGUCAGUCAUUGUUAUGUUUCUAUACUAAAUAUAAUCCAAGGAGAAGUCGAUCCUACUGAAGUACAUAAAUCACUACAGAGGAUUCGAGAACGCCGUAUGGCUCAGUUUAUACCUUGGGGUCCAGCUAGUAUUCAAGUCGCUCUGUCUAGGCGAUCUCCAUAUGUUCAGACACCACAUCGUGUUAGUGGUCUUUUACUUGCAAAUCAUACAAGCAUAUCAACUCUUUUUCUACGUACCUUAGCUCAGUAUGAUAAAUUACGUACUCGUGGUGCUUUUAUUGAACAAUUUCGUAAGGAAGAUGUAUUUCGUGAUGAUCCAGAAUUAAAAGAAUUUUCUGACAGUAGACAAGUUGUUCAUAAUUUAAUUGAAGAGCAUAGUGCAGCAACUCGAUCUGAUUAUAUUCAUUGGGGUGCUCAACGUGCUGCCGCAGUAGCUGCAACACAAGCAGCGGCCGCGGCAGCCGCCAAUUCAAAUUCUUGAAUUUCUUAUGAGAUAUUUUUCGUACAUCAAUGUUUUUUUUUGGUAUAAACUAUUCAGUUACAAAAACUACAUUUUGUACUUUUCAAAUGUUUGUCUGAACAUUUUUUUUUUAGUAAGAUUGCCUUUUUUAAGAAACGUUUAGUUUUUUUCAUCUGGUUUUUUUUUUUAUUAAAAACAGAGCACUUCAUUCUGAGCAUUUGUAAACAUAUCAGUAUUCACAUGUUGUUGUGAAGACAUAGAUGUCCAUACCUGUUAACAAUGCAUCAAUUAAACUGUUUGAUAUUUCUACAUGCUUUUUCCUUUAAAAUAGUAAGCAGCUUCAGUGUUAAGGUUCUUUUCUUCGAUAUUGUUUGUGGGAUCUACAAUUGAUUGUGUAAUGUUGAGGGGUGAAAUCUUCUUGACACUGUUUUUAGUUGAUUAACUUUAAUAUGAUGUAAAUGGAUGAAAACUACCUUUGUUAGUGCCCUGAGUUUAGUCGUCUUAGAUGUUCAUGAUCUCUAGAAAUGUUUUAAUUAUCUAAAAAUAGGGUGAAUAGUUACUUACUGUUGAGUAUGCACAAUUGUUACGAUUCUACUUAAUUCCCCUGUCAUUAAAAACCAUGUUGCUGAACUACUGUGUUCAGUGCGACAAAACAAUCUCAGUUGUUUGAUACAAGUAGAAAUGCUUCUCGAAAA